AUGCCUAUGUGCCUGCUGUGUAUGACCUCACUCUCAAAUGAAAGUAUGCGUCCCAGCAAACUGAAAAAGCAUCUGGAGACUGCACAUAAAGACAAGAAAGACAAGCCGCUAGAUUUCUUCAAGAAAUUACGUGAUGAGUUCCAAGGAAGGAUGACAGUGAAUCAUAUGUUUACCCAAAAAGUGGCAAAAGUAGACAGAGGGAUGUUGGCUUCUUACAAGAUAGCAAAUUUGAUUGCAAAAGCAGGUAAGCCUCAUACUAUCGGUGAAUCUCUGAUCAUGCCGGCAGUGGCUGUAGUGCUUUCAACAGUCAUGAAUCAGAGUCCACAAGAGGUAACUAGUGUUAUUCCUCUGAGCAACUCCUCAGUAUCACGCCGUAUUGAUGAGAUGGCAGCUGAUGUUGAAAACCAAUUAAUCUCAAAACUGCAGGUGAAUGAUUUCUCGCUUCAACUCGACGAAUCAACUUUACCUGAUAAUUCUGCUCUUUUGAUGGCAUUUGUGAGGUUUCUUGAUGUAGAUGAAAUAUGUCAAGAAAUGCUUUUCGCAUUGAAAUUAACGACUGACACUAAAGGAGAAUCCAUCUUCAAAAAACUUGAGGUCUAUUUUGAGGAGAACAACAUUCCACUCAAGAACAUUGUGGCUUGUGCAACAGAUGGCGCUGCUGCUAUGAUAGGAAGGUAUCGGGGAUUCAGUGCUUACUUAAAAAAAGCUGUUCCUAAUGUCGUUUGUGUGCACUGUGUUGUUCACCGGCAGCACCUGGUUGCCAAAAACCUAGCAGGACGUCUUCAUGAAGCACUUGGGCAUGUUAUCAAGGCUGUCAACUUGAUAAAAAGUAGUGCACUGAAAGAUCGCCUCUUUCAGCAAUUAUGUGAAAAGAACAAUGAAGAAUUUGAAAAACUUGUGUUGCACACAGAAGUCAGGUGGCUUUCUAAAGGUAAUUGCCUGAACCGUUUUGUUGCACUUUGGGACAGUGUUAUCUCUUUCUUUAGUGGGACAGAACUUGGACAGAAACUUGUUGAUGCAAAGAGUGACAUCUUCUACCUGUCUGACAUAUUUGAAAAGCUAAAUGUUCUGAACAAAGAGCUUCAAGGAAAUAACUCCACCAUGUUUUCCUGCAAGGAGGCAAUUACUACAUUUAAAGGGAAACUCAAGCUGUUCUGGUUGAACCUUGGAAGACGAGAGUUUGCACAGUUUCCUUCCUUAGCAGUUAUAUCCACCGAUCUGCUUGAUGAUGACCUAGCAGUGUAUGUUGACCAUCUGAAGCAGUUGCAUAAUGAUAUGGACACUCGCUUCUCUGACCUGUGCCACACUGGUUUGUGGAUCCCUUCAUUGCUGAUGUAUCUGAAGUUGAUGUCACCCUACAAGAAAGUCUCAUUGAACUUCAGAAUAACACAACAGCUCAAGCAAGGUUCAAGCGUGGAGGACACCAGAAGCUGUGGAUGA